ACCAAGAAGCCCAGAUCCCGGGUGACCGAAUCAAUUGGAAUAAAGGAGUAGCCGGUAUAAUUACCUCGGCUUAGUUUCGUGCAUUCUUUACUCUGUUAGUAAGCUUUGAACCGCACUAACCGUUGUCUUCUUUUCUUUAUGCAGAUUUGAACCAUCUAAAGUCGCUGUACAGUUACCCCAACCUUGACACACUCCGCGCCGCACUGAGAUAUCCUAAUUGAGGUUAGGCCGAACUACUCAACUUUGAGCCGACGUAUAGAUACAGCAGCAAGCGAAAGACCAAGGUGACAAACUUCUUGUUGGAGCCUUCGCCAGAACCAGAUCCAACCUUGCCUCAAAUCAACCUGAUCCUUUUAACUGUAGAACAAUAAAUGGCUAAGAAGAGAGCAGUGAGGGCCCUUAUUACCAAGACAAACCAACCCGAGGUACCACAAGCCAGUCAAACACAGCCGGCCAUGGUAGCCCUUCCAACCACUCAGCCGUCUUCAUCCCAGCCAAGCAAGCGUGCUUGGACUUCCACCACUGAGCCACGCCUUGUUGAUGAGGAUGGAAUAGUGCUUUCCCAAACCACGCCACCGAGCCCCCAGCCUGAGCGUUCUGACCGGGCUAGCUCUUCUGAAUGGGCACCGAAAUUAUUCUACCGCAACCGAGCCAUCAGAGACACAGAUUCAGUAGUGGCAGACAAAGACCACAAGCUCGCCUUCAACCUGGCUAAGAGCAUGUGCUUGCCCCCUAAUAUGGAACAUCAUGAACAUUUGGUCGAGCUAAAGGCCAUCCGGUCGGCGACGAAGUCAAUGGUGCUGAGGCCAUGUAGAAAAAUCACAUUGCGCAUAAGCGAGUGUUGGAACUUCGAAAGACCACACGGCAGGCCGUGGUUGAGGCCGAGGCAAAUCAGCUGAGCUAAAGGAGGCCAAGAAGAAAAUGGUCGAGUUGAACAUCGAGAUGGCCCGCCUGACUGGUCUUGUUAGCUCAGCUGAAGCAGAUAAGCAAAAAGUUGCAGCCGUACUGAAAGACAAAUAUCUGCGCGAGCUGGCCAAGCUCGAGGGAAAGAAGAAUGCUGAGAUAACCGAGAUGGAGAAGAAGGUGGAAGACGUGGAAGACCGCAGUUACAAAGAAGGUGAAGCCACGUAUAUCCUACAGUGCGAAGCUGCCAAGGAUAUAUUUUUCAAAUGUGGGUGGAAAGCAGUCGUGGCACAGCUCGGUCAUGGCCAGGAGACCGAGGUCUUCAAAAACCCUCCUCCACAUUUCAUACUGAGCUACAUGGUGGAGUAUGCAACUGCCAUUCAACAAAAAUUUCUUCAAGCUGAGGAAGACGAGGAAGAUCCUGCUCCUGAAGCCAACACCCAGCCCGGUCGUCAAUCUAUCUCUCCCACUCCAAUGGUCUCCAUCCCACCUUCAUUGGUUGCGACUAAUGUGGUGCCUUUAACCGAGCUUGACCAAGGUGUGCUUGCCACAAACGAGCUACCUUUAGGUGAAGCUCGGGUUGAUCUGGAUGCCGACCUGGAAGACCUGUUCUCCUGACUUUUCUUUUCCUUGUUUUAGAAAUGUUUGUAAUCGGGCUGAGGCCCCACCUCUUGUACUGUUGAUAAUUUUGAAUGAAAUCUUCUUUUGUUUCAACUAUUGCUUCGGUUUACUCUAUGCUUGCAUUUAUUUUCCAACUGUAAUCUGAAUGAAGUAUAACAUUUUCUGGCCGAGAUACCUAUCUCGUUCUUAACCUUGAGACCUAUCUGGUCAUACCUGCCA